AUGAAUGAUGUUUCGUGUGGGGAGAGCAGCUUCUACGUUGGGCGAGAUUACACAGCCGAAUUUACGACUGACCAGAUAUUUGAAACUAGAGCUGUGAUGGUAGAUUGGGUGCGAAGAGUUGGAAAGGAAAAUGGUUUUGUGAUUGUUAUAAGUAAAUCUGCUAGUAUAAAGGGCAACAAGAUGCCGAAAUGCAUUUUUAUUUGUGAAAGGGGAGGAUUGUACAGACCGUCACCGGAAGGGCAUUCAAUGCAAAGGAUUACUGGAACUAAAAAAUGUGAUUGCCCGUUUAAGCUGCGAGGUGUACCACAACCUCCAGACGGUGUCAUGUGGAGUUUGAAGGUUGUUAAAGGUUUUCAUAACCAUGAACCAGCUGAAAGUUUUGAGGGACAUGAGUACCCGUCAAGGUUAACCCCAAUCCAGCAGCAAUUAGUUCGUGACAUGUCUAGCAGUACCGCGCCUCGAGAAAUUCUUAAUUUCCUGAGACAACAAGACUCGUCAAUUAGUACAGGAAUCAGGAGUAUUUACAAUGUGAAGGCACAAUAUAAGAAAGAACAACUAGGGGGUCUAUCUCCUAUUGGGUACGUCUUGAAUGAAUUAAAGGAGAAAAAUUACAUUUACGACUAUCAUACAAAUGAACACACCAACGAAAUCACAGAUAUUCUUUGGGUUCAUCCUAGAAGCCUAGAGCUAUCUGUCAAUUUUCCGUCCGUGUUGAUUAUUGAUGCGACAUACAAGAGUAAUGAGUAUCGGAUUCCACUCUUGGAAGUUGUGGAACGACUGAUAUGGGCAUUGGAUACUUUAAAGAGAUGGAUGAUUGGAAAAGGGGCAGCGUUGCCAUCGGUGGUUGUUUCAGAUAGGGAUCUGGCACUUCAUGGCGCCAUUGAAAUAUGUUUUCCCUUCGCACAACACAUUCUUUGUAUUUGGCACAUAAAUCAGUGUGUAAUAAAGAAGUGCAACCCUAUGCUUGGUACGAGGUGGGACGAAUUUUCAGAGGCAUGGCAGUUGCUUAUUCAUUCAUCGACACCGAUGUCUUUGCAACAGAGGUGGAAUGCCAUGUGCGAAAAGUUUGAGCAAUACUCUAAUGCCAUGCAAUACCUUUGGGACACAUGGUUAGGUCCUUACAAAGAGCGAUUUGUUGCAGCAUAUAUAAACCAAUUUAUGCACCUUGGGAGCAAUUCAAGCCAAAGGGCAGAGUCUGCGCAUACGAGGCUCAAACGAUAUUUGGGAGAUACUAUGUCCUCGCUUCAAACAUCUUUUCAGAAAAUAUAA